UAAAUUAAAAUUAUUUGAUUCCGGCAUCUCCUGUUUUAUCUUUUCGGGAAGAAGGAAGUUUACGUGUUUUGUGGUUUUGUGUUGACGUGGCAACUUACAGUAGUACGUAUCUGAAAAUUCUGAAAGAUAAAAUGCUGAGAACGCUGUUCGUGGCUUUGGCGGUGUCAGCGGUUUUCGCCGGCGUACCUAGUCCGGAGGAGACUAAGCGGCUAGUGGAUCACUUGUCCGACGAACAGCACUUCAAGAAUGAGCACCACAAUAAGCAGUUUGACCACGACGCUUUUCUGGGAGAAGACCAGGCCAAGACCUUCGACCAACUGUCUCCUGAAGAAAGCAAGAGGAGGCUUGGAAUCAUCGUUGACCGAAUUGAUUCAGACAAUGAUGGCUUUGUGACCCUGGUCGAGUUGAAGGAUUGGAUCCGGUAUACACAGAAGAGGUACAUUGAUGAGGAUGUGGAAAGACACUGGCGGCAGCACAAUCCUAAUAAUGAUGAAGUUGUGCCGUGGGAGACAUACAGGAAGAAUGUAUACGGGUUUAUGGAUGAGAUGGACGCCAAAGAGCUGCAGUCGCCCAAUGGCGAAGGCUUCACGUACUCUAGCCUCCUCAAGCGAGACCGCAGGAGGUGGCAUUAUGCUGACGCGAACCAAGAUGACGCUCUAAACCGCACGGAAUUCGCGGCCUUUCUACAUCCAGAGGAGCAUGGCGGCAUGCGCGACAUCGUCGUACUCGAGACCAUGGAGGACGUCGACAAGGACCGCGACGGCAAAGUGUCGCUAGAGGAGUACAUAGGCGACCUGUACAAGACUGAGGACGGCGACAAUGAAGAAGAACCCGACUGGGUUAAACAGGAGAGAGAGCAAUUCAGUGGCUACAGAGACAGCAACAAAGACGGCUACAUGGACGCGUCCGAAGUGAAAGAAUGGAUCGCUCCGCCCGAAUUCGACCACGCGGAGGCCGAGGCGCGCCAUCUUAUCUUCGAGGCCGACGCCGACGCCGACGAGCGACUCACCAAAGAAGAGGUCUUGGAUAAGUACGACUUAUUCGUGGGGUCUCAGGCCACGGACUUUGGGGAAGCCUUCGCUAGGCAUGAUGAGUUCUGAGAAGGAGGGUCCGCACUGGUGAGGCGUGUCGCGUUUACAUAAAUAUCAAUAUUAACAGUGGUUUAUAUUGAACUUUUUGGAGUAGGUUAAUUCAGAUGGAGUAAAGUGAAUAAUGCCCGUUUUCACCAUCAAAUAUUAACAGUGGUUUAUAUUGAACUUUUUUGGAGUGGGUUAAUUCAGAUGGAGUAAAGUGAAUAAUGCCCGUUUUCACCAUCAAUCCCUAAUUUUUAAGUGACCCAUUUUACAGCAAAAUUCAUGAUAAGUGUUACCAUAGGGGUCACUUAAAAAUUAGGGAUUGAUGGUGAAAACAGGCAUAACUGCCAGAAAUCCAACAGAUCGAGGAAAAAAAAUAUGCGAGAUAAAUAAUUACAUAAUCCUAAAUAAGUACUUACUAUACUAUUCAAUAGCAUCAGCUAGAAGUCUGUAGAGAAAAAUAUACAUCAUAAACUAAAAAUAUAGCCUUCCUUAUGAAAUACCCCCACGGCUUAUUAUGUAUGUACUUUGUAUGAGCUUCCAUACUGACUACUAAGUUAGUUGUCUUAGUGCAAAUGUUAUGUUAAAAUCUAAUUUUCUUUACUCGUAUAAAGACGCGACACGUCCUAGUAGUGUGAAUGCAGCUUUAUAAGAGCCAGUGAAUUGAUAUUUGGACUGUAAUUUUCUGUAAUAAGGAAAAAUCAUGGAAAGAGAGAAUUAAAUAUAAAACAGAUUGGAACAUUGCGAAAUAUGUUUAUUACAGUUUAUUUCUUAAGACAUGUCGAAAUAAUAUUUUUGUCUCAUUUAUUUUUAGUCUGUUUUAUAAUUUUAUUGAAUUCGAUGUUACUUAAAAAUUAUCCGUACCAUAAAUAAACAUAAGAGGUAUAGAAAUUGGCAACUUAAAUUAUUGAGGUAUUUGCUCACUACAUCGUAUCAUAUCAUACAACUAUUCUCUGCUUAAAUUACCUAGGUCUGUGACGUUAUUGUAUAAUAAUGACGUCAACUGACCGAAUUGUUAAGGAUUUAAAUUUAAAUUAAAAAUAUCAACAAUUUUCAAUGAUACUUUCAUGGCCAUAUUGGUGUAGUGGGUAGAUACCUUAAUACUUAGAUCGUUCGCAGCUUACCUAUGGUCUUUAGUCUUUUAUCUAUGUUUAAUAAUGUUACGUAUUUCGACGCAUUUAUUUGUAUUGCUUUUAGAUACAUUAUUUUGUAUUUAUUUUUAAAUCGUCUGCCAUAUUUGUAGAAUCUCUAAUUGUAAGUUUAAAUGUAAUCUUAACUGAAUUCGCUCGACUUAACAUUUUGAAUUGGCAAUAAUUUGUAUGUGAUAACAUUUAUGUAAUAGUAUGCUUUAUACUUGAUAAGUGAAAUCUUAGUUUCUAAUACAAGACCAAAGUUAUUUCCAGUAUACUUACUUUAAAUAAUUCCACUAGCAAUUGAUUAGGAUAGUAUAAAAGAAAAUAAAUUUCCAAUGAAUUGAUUCUAAAUAUUUUUGUAUGAUCUAUAA